AUGUCUCUUAAAAUGCUCACGGCUGUGCGAGACAUGUGCCGCAUUGUUCAGACUUUCAGACGCAGCGACGAUGACUUCGCGUUCAGAGCAAGAAGAAUCAGGAAAGUGUGUCGCACGUACCAGGCAACCUUGGCGGAUCACAACAGACGCUUCCUCUACCGCAACGUCAGCUGCGAACAGCCCGUGCUCUCCAACAACCGAGAAUGUUCCUUCAUUAUCGACCCCGCAAGGAAAGUCGGCUACUGCUUCAUCAGCAAAGUUGCAUCCACCACAGCCAAGACCAUUUUUGGGCAUCUGCUCAACAUCAGCCACAUGGGAAACACACUUGAAAGCAUACACAGGGCCUUUCAUGAGAAAGUCCACACAGUCUCACCUAUGACGUUUCUACAGAGGAGCAGCCAGGAGAGCUACACAACCGCCAUGUUCGUGAAUCACCCCUUCGAAAGGCUAGUAUUUGCUUACGUGGACAAGGUGAUAAGACAACGUGGUGGCAGUGUCUAUUUUUAUGGGCGGUACUUUAACGACGUGCCUGGCGUCAGGGAAACGGGCCGGAACUUGACCUUCCCGGAGUUCAUCGAUUACAUACUGGAUCAGUCAGUGAACCAGAUGAACUCUCAUUGGACUCCGUACUACGUGACGUGCCAGCCUCGUGCCGUCAACGAUGGGUGUUCGGUUCGGCUCAAGGAUAUUCCGCCGAAAAACACGGGUGGCGACCACGGGUUCCGCAAGGCUGCCCGAGACUUUUUUAACGAGCUCACUUUCCAUCAGGUGAUGCGUCUAUAUGACCGGUUCUUCUUCGACUUCGAGAUGUUCGGGUACGACUUCAGGGACUACCUACACUGA